UGUUUCUGAUCGUCUCUUCUCUCUCUCUCUCUCUCUCUCUCUCUCUCUCUCUCCAGUCCCCUGAAUUGUUUGUAGAUGGAGCAAGAAGAACAGCAACAGCAGAGGCGCGAGGAUCAGAGCAUCCCGGAGAGGAAAGGGCAAAAGAGGAAACUGGAAGAAGGAAUAACCGACGGCGAGGAGCAGGAGAUCUCCCUUUCCUCUGCAGAUGCGCGCCACGCGCUCCUGCGAGAGGUUAGCGCCCAGGUUACUAUCCUUGAUUCUACCUUCUCCUGGAAGGAAGCUGAUCGCGCCGCCGCGAAACGUGCCACUCACGUCCUCGCCGAGCUUGCCAAAAACGAGGAUGUAGUGAACGUGAUUGUUGAAGGAGGUGCGGUUCCGGGUCUCGUGAAGCAUUUGCAGGCGCCACUGAUAAGUGAGGGAGACCAUAGCUCGAAGCCGUUCGAGCACGAAGUCGAGAAAGGGAGUGCUUUUGCUCUAGGCCUUCUUGCAGUUAAGCCAGAGCACCAGCAACUCAUAGUUGACAACGGGGCCUUGUUUCAUCUUGUGAAUUUGUUGAAGAGGCACGAGGAUGGUUGUGGUUCUCGUGCUGUGAAUAGUGUCAUUAGACGGGCUGCUGAUGCUAUCACUAAUCUUGCUCAUGAGAACAGCAGUAUCAAGACCCGUGUUAGGAUGGAAGGUGGCAUUCCGCCUCUGGUUGAGUUGCUUGAAUUUACUGAUACCAAAGUGCAACGAGCAGCUGCGGGGGCACUUCGCACGUUGGCAUUCAAAAAUGAUGAAAAUAAGAAUCAGAUUGUUGAAUGCAAUGCUCUUCCUACUCUCAUUCUAAUGCUAAGAUCAGAAGAUGCUGCCAUACACUAUGAAGCGGUUGGUGUUAUAGGAAAUUUGGUACAUUCAUCUCCAAACAUAAAGAAAGAAGUUCUUGCUGCUGGAGCUCUUCAACCAGUCAUUGGACUGCUUAGCAGUUCCUGCUGUUCUGAAAGCCAAAGAGAGGCAGCCUUGUUACUAGGACAAUUUGCAGCAACUGAUUCAGAUUGCAAGGUUCAUAUUGUACAGAGAGGUGCAGUUAGACCUUUAAUUGAGAUGCUUCAGUCAGCUGAUGUUCAGUUGAGGGAAAUGUCUGCAUUUGCAUUGGGGAGGUUGGCACAGGACACACACAACCAAGCUGGUAUCGCACAUAAUGGUGGUUUAGUGCCACUGCUGAAGCUUCUUGAUUCAAAAAAUGGAUCUUUGCAACAUAAUGCUGCAUUUGCUCUUUAUGGCCUUGCAGAUAAUGAGGAUAAUGUAUCCGAUUUUAUUAGGGUUGGAGGUGUUCAGAAGCUGCAGGAUGGAGAGUUUAUUGUUCAGGCAACAAAAGAUUGUGUUGCAAAGACAUUGAAAAGAUUGGAGGAAAAUAUUCGUGGACGGGGUUUAAGUCAUCUCUUAUACCUAAUGCGUGUAGCAGAAAAGUCUGUCCAAAGACGAGUUGCCUUGGCUCUUGCUCAUCUUUGUUCACCAGAUGAUCAGAGAACUAUCUUUAUAGAUAACAAUGGAUUGGAGUUGCUUCUUGGGCUUCUUGGUUCUACGAAUCCUAAGCAGCAACUUGAUGGUGCUGUAGCUCUAUAUAGGUUAGCAAACAAAUCAAUGACUCUUUCUCCUGUUGAUGCUGCUCCUCCGUCUCCUACGCCACAGGUCUACUUGGGGGAGCAAUAUGUAAACAAUGCUACGUUGUCUGAUGUUACUUUUCUAGUUGAAGGUAGAAGGUUCUAUGCUCACAGAAUCUGUCUCCUUGCAUCUUCAGAUGCAUUUCGUGCAAUGUUUGACGGUGGUUACAGGGAGAAAGAUGCAAGGGAUAUUGAAAUUCCAAAUAUUAGAUGGGAAGUUUUUGAGUUAAUGAUGAGAUUUAUAUACACAGGGUCAGUUGAUGUUACAUCAGACAUUUCACAAGAUCUCCUCCGAGCUGCUGAUCAGUAUCUAUUAGAGGGACUUAAGCGACUUUGUGAGUAUACCAUUGCACAGGAUAUAUCAUUGGAAAAUGUUUCAAGCAUGUAUGAACUUUCAGAAGCCUUCCAUGCUAUCUCGUUGAGGCAUGCAUGCAUCCUGUUUAUCUUGGGGCAGUUCGAUAAAUUGAAUGGUAGGCCUGGGCACUCUCAUCUGAUCCAGCGAAUUAUUCCAGAGAUCCGCAAUUAUUUCUCGAAGACCCUUACUAAACCUAACCUAAAUAGCUUGCGCUUGUAGAUGGCGGUCGUUGAUUCUUGAUCCCUAACUAGAUACAUUGUACAGAAAGUAGUAGAUCAUCUUCUCGUUGUGGAGCCAUUCAAAGGUUCUAAUUGGUUCUUUGUAGUGUGGCUCAUAAUGAUUCCUGAUUUCAGAGUUGGUUUCUUUCAUUCCUGUGUUAGGUGUAGCCUGUGUAGCCGAGAAAUGUGAUCUUCACCGAAGGUAUUACUUUCCACAAAUUGUAAUGGUUGUAUGAUUCGGAAUGUAUUCUAUAAACUCUUUAUUGAGUGCGCAUUCAUUUGAAUGCAUGUUUGGAAAUGAAGCACAGAGGAUAUGAUUCUUCAGAAUUGAAUGCACAUUAUCAGUGUUGUCUUGCAAAA